GUCAUAAAAAUGUUCACGUGUCUGGCCAGAAGAACAUUUGAACUGUAUAUAAGAAAGCAUUUGGUCCCAAUCUGACAGAUUUCCAGACACAACCAGCUGCAAGAAAACUCCAGAAAGACCGAUCCGAUCUUCAUCAUAACUGGACAACCUUCACCAUGUUGGUCCUCAUCUUGGUUGGUCUCGCUCUGAUGGCUGUGAAUCCUUCAGAUGGACAGGAGUUGAAGCUUCUUCGUGGCAAUUGUCCCCCGUUCUGGUACUGCUAUGGGAACCGCUGCUACAAAUACGUUGCUACACCAAUGAUCUGGGGAGAUGCAGAACUUCACUGCGUGUCACAAGAUGCCAACCUGGUGUCUGUCCAGAGUCAUGAAGAGGAGGCUUUUGUUAAGAUGCUGAUCAGAAACUUUGACCCUGCUGAGGCAGAUACCUGGAUUGGACUCAGUGAUGCUGAGAAGGAAGGAGGGUGGCUGUGGUCUGAUGGGUCCAAAAUUACCUUUCAGGCUUGGUACACAGGUGAGCCAAACAACAAUUACGGCAAAGAACACUGUGGAUGUACCAACUUCGGGACAACAAAGCAAUGGAAUGACUAUCCCUGUACAAAUAAAUACAGUUUUGUUUGUAAGUCUCGCGAAAAGUUUCUCUAAUGCCAAAAGAGUCCCUUUUGGCUCUUGUUCAAAACUAAACUGAUCAUUUACUCUGUUGUCUGUCUUUAUUGGAAGAGACAAAUCGUGUCAAAUAAUGUUCAAGUUGCUUGUGUUUUCAUGAAUCAUCUGUUCAAUGUCUAAGAAACAACCUCUCAAUAGUCAUAGAUUUUCUUUUCAAUGAACUGAAUAUUUUAUCAUUGUAAACGAUGACAUAUA